UCUGGGAGCGUAGACUAAGUGAAUCUGUGUGGUGUCACUUGUACAGGAGAGUGCUGCCCACCGUGGAGCCAGGAUAUAUGAGACCCUUGCUGCCUGACGAGGCGCCGGAGAACCCCGACAAAUGGCAGGAUGUGAUGGCCGACAUAGAGAAGAUUAUCAUGCCCGGAGUUACACACUGGCACUCCCCACGCUUUCACGCUUACUUCCCGACGGCCAACUCAUACCCCGCGAUCGUCGCCGAUAUGCUAAGCGGCGCUAUUGCCUGCAUAGGCUUCACUUGGAUCGCAAGUCCGGCGUGCACAGAGCUGGAGGUCGUGAUGUUGGACUGGCUGGGCAAGAUGCUAGAGUUGCCCAAAGAGUUCCUUGCCUCAUCCGGUGGAAAAGGUGGCGGAGUCAUCCAG